AAAUAAAUUGUCAUGUGUCACUUUUGACUUAUCUUUUUUAUUUGUAAAAAGUCCACUAAUAUUUUAAGUUUAUAACGUUUAUAAUAAGUUUUUGUUAAUUUCUAUAGUUUUAUUACAUACUGAAAUGGAUUCUCAAUUAUCUAAAGAAGAUAUAACAACUGUGUUUCACAGGUUAAAAUCUAUUUCGGGAAAUAAAGCAUGUUUUGACUGUGGUGCUAUAAAUCCAACAUGGGCUAGCGUUACUUAUGGUAUAUUUAUUUGUUUGGAUUGUUCAGCUACACAUCGUGCUUUAGGAGUCCAUUUGAGUUUUGUUCGAUCCACACAGUUAGAUACAAAUUGGACUAGAGUGCAAAUACGUCAAAUGCAGUUGGGUGGUAAUGACAAUGCUAUGCAGUUUUUUUCACAACAUAAUUGCAAUACAACAGAUGCUCAAAAGAAGUAUAAUUCCAGAGCUGCCCAGUUAUAUCGAGAGAAACUUCAUCAAGCUGCCUUAAAUUCAUUAAAAACAAACAAUGAGGGUGAAUUUAAUUUAAAUGUUAGUAAACAUUGUACUUUAAACCAAUUCAUAUGUCCUAGACAAGCUAAGUUGCAUGUUGGUGAAGAUAAAGAACUAAAAGUUGUAGAGAAACAAGCAACCGAUUUCUUUUCUCAGGAAGAAUUUUCUCACAACUUUCAUGAAGAACAGAAGGAGGAGGAAAAACUAGAUAUUCAACCCAAAGAUAGUUCACACAUUCAAGAGCCAAGAAAGUCAACGAUCGGUGCAAGGAAGGUCACUAAAAAGGCUACACUCGGGACGAAAAAAGGUCCUGGUUUGGGAGCUACCAAAGUUAAAACCGAUUUCGCCGCUAUAGAACGGGCGGCCGAACAAGCCGCCGAAGAAGGUCGACGAGGAGCCGAAGAGGCGGAAAAAGCAGCGCAAAGAGCGAGCGAAGAUGCCGAACGUGCCGAAGCCGCUUUGAGGCUAGCCUAUAGAGAACGAGAAGAAACAGGCAAAAAUGUCACUUCAGAGAAAGCAGCACAAAUCGAGCGUCUGGGAAUGGGAAUUACGAAGACAUCGCGUGGAGCUGUAUCUCACUCUGCUUUAGGAGACAUGCAAUUUAUUGAACAAGAAAAGCCAUCAGUGCCUUCAAAAACCUUAGACACUCUGGGCCGCCUCAACUUGAACGACGGUCCCGACUACUUCGACGACUACAUCAACGAAACGGGCGUGUACAGCUCCAAUCACAAAGACAGCUGGGUGAUCGUGGACGACCCGCCCGAACGGGAACGGCGCCCCGCCUUGGAACCGAUCGCUGGCAAGAGCCGGAGUCAGAAUUACAAGUCCGACGCGUCCCAGUCGUCCGACGAGGCGCAGCGAAAGUUUGGAAACGCCAAGGCCAUAUCGUCGGCGCAGUUCUUCAACAACGGCGAGGCCGAUGCCGAAUCCAAAGCCACUCUUAAUAGAUUUCAGGGAUCAAAUAGUAUUUCAUCGGCAGAAUUUUUCGGUCGAGAUGAAGAUGCUCGACGAGGUCUUGGACCGUCAAAUCUCCCCGCCUAUGAUUUAGAAGAUGUGAAAGAAAGCGUGCGUCAAGGCGUGACUCGGGUUGCCGGAAAAAUUGGGUCUCUUGCCAAUGGACUGAUGUCUUCGAUACAGGAUCGUUAUGGCUACUAGCAAAAUGUUUAAAGUUCGCUGAAAAUUUGUGUAGAUAUUGUAAGAUUGUUAUAGAAAUGAAUAUGAUUCUGCGCAUAAAAAUUACGUUUAUUGAUUUCAUAUGAUUAUUGUAUUAUCUCGAUCAUAUAAAAUACAUACAUUUUAUUUUUCUUCGUUAGUGUAAUAUUUUAUACAGUAAAAAAAACAGGUAAUGAAAAAAUAUGAAACCACUUUCAUAAACUUUGUGUACUGAUUCAUGAUACAAGAAAUAUUUAAUUGUCCUCAUUUCAAUAAUAUUUUAUUUUGCUAUAAUUAAGAUAAGUUAGCACUGUUGCAUUUAUAAUUACAUUUUAUCUAUAUAUAAAUAUGUAAUUACUGAGAAGGGGCGAAUGAAACAUAAUGUAGGCAAUUUAGUUGAUGUAUACCUAGCUUAAAGAUAUCGUGUACAUAAAAUGCUUUAUAAAAAUUACUUUGAUUUAAAAUAAAUGUAUAAACCAUA